AUGUCUAGUGUGGUGUUCAAUGCAAACGCCGUCGGCAAAACGCAGCUACAAAACGCCAUCGAAUUAUUUCCCACGACCAUCGGAGGCGCCACCAAAAUGUAUCAGCGCUAUCAGCACAUAAUGCCCGCACCGGAGCAGAAGAUGAGCGCAGGAAUGGGAACAGGAAUGGGAACAGGAGCAAACAAUGCUGGCAAUCUGACGAUCAAGACACGCAAAUAUACACCGCGUGGCAUGGCAACAAGUGGCAGCAACAGCUUCUCCACGGGAUCAGUGGGAUCGUCGGGCUCCUCCACAUCCUCGAGCGGCUCCUUGGGCUCCACUUCGCCCUACAAUGUGGAUCAAUCGCAGUCGGUGCAACGUCGCAAUGCUCGGGAACGCAAUCGGGUCAAGCAGGUGAACAAUAGUUUUGCACGAUUGCGUCAACACAUUCCACAGACGAUCAUCGCCGAUCUGACCAAGGGCGGUGGACGUGGACCGCAUAAGAAGAUCUCCAAGGUGGAUACUUUGCGCAUUGCCGUCGAGUAUAUACGACGGCUGCAGGAUCUGGUCGAUGAUCUCAAUGGUGGACCAAGUGCCACAAGUGGCAGCAGCAACAACAACAUGGCGCAACAACUGAAUCUAUGCCUCGACGAGACGAGCAGCCAGAGCUCCCAGUCCAGUGCCAGCUCCAGUGUCUCCAGUUUGGCUCACAAUCUCUACUACAGCAGCAGUCUGCUUGCCACGCCCACGCCCACGGCCACGCCCACUGCGCUGCAGCAGCAACAGCAAUUGCAACGCCAGCAGUUUCCCAAUCAUCCAUUGACGCCGAUUUCAUUGAAUGCCACUGCAACGGGCGCUGGAGCAACUGCAUCCACAUUGAUGAUGACGACGACCACAACGACGGGUUUGGGGAAUUUAAAUUCCGCCUGUCAUUCACCCACAUCCUCGUUCAAUUCGAGCAUGUCCUUCGACUCCGGCACCUAUGAGGCAGCUCCUCAACAGCUCUCGCCUCCAGUGCCGCUCAACUCCACCAGUUCCGCCUCCGCCUCCUCCUCCUCCUCCUCCUCCUCCUCCGCCGCCUUGGAUGCCCAGCUGCAACUCAAAUUCGAGCCCUAUGAACACUUUCAACUGGACGAGGAGGAUUGCACGCCGGAUGAUGAGGAAAUUCUCGACUAUAUAUCCCUGUGGCAGGAGCAAUAAAUUAGCGCCGCUUCUCUUCCUCUGCCAGUUGCUUUCUAGUCAAUUAUUUUGAGUUGAACCAAG